CGUAACCUCUGGCCACGCUGUCCAUAUUUUUUCUUGUGAAUAACAAACGCAACGCCAUGGCAACGCUGCGCUAAACAAAUGCUAAACAUUCGAUUUGCACGAACAUUUUUAUAUCGCAAAAUGUUUAUACUGGACAAAAUUCUACCGUUUAUAUUUAGCUAUAUACGGCCGUUUAUUAAGUGGUUCCUACAUGUGUUUACCCGCCUCUCCGAGCUCCAGCGAAUAUGCUACGGAGCAAAAGCGGGCACGCCGAGAUGCCGCCAAAUCGAACGCUCCCUUUUACAGUCGAAUCAGCCAGAAAUAAAGACCAUGUUACGAGAACUUGACGAGGCGGCGCCCUAUGCUAGCGAUAGAGAGUUGCUUUACUUUGCUCCACGCGCCGUUAAAGUUGUUUCGCAUGUAAAACGAAUCAAGAGUACUGUGCAUCCGGAUUUCGGCAGGCUUUUUGGCAAUUGCGUUACCACCAUUUGGGGCUAUAAACGUCUAAUGCAUCAGGUGGAGCAGCUGCGUGCCGAGCCAUAUGACUCGGAGAACCUGGAGCACGAGCAGAAGCUAUUGCAGCUGUGGCAGCUACUGAUGCCCGAGACGCCGCUGACAGGUCGCAUAUCCAAGCAGUGGCAGGACAUCGGCUUCCAGGGGGACGAUCCGAAAACGGACUUUCGUGGCAUGGGCAUGUUGGGCCUAGAAAAUCUCUUGUACUUUGCGAGCGCCUACAAUGACGCCGCCAAGCAUGUGCUGCUGCACUCGAUGCAUCCCACUGUGGGCUAUACCUAUGCCAUUGUUGGCAUCAAUCUCACCGCCCUAGCAUUCAACUUGCUGCGCACGGGCGCGGCCAAGACACACUUUUACAAUCAGGUGGCGCUGCAUAAGCAGAACUUCAGCACGCUCGAGGAUUUCCAUAAAUUGUAUUGCUACCUGUUCUUUGAAUUCGAUCGCUUCUGGAUGGACAGCUCGCCGCGCAACAUAAUGGACUUCCGAGAGGUAUAUCAGGCCUUCGAGAUAACCAAACUGGAAGCGCUGCACAAUGAGAACACAAUUUUCAAAACGAAUCUGGUCGUGGAGUCCGUCUAAUUGCCCACAUUGCACGGU